UCAGGAAACCCUUGUUGGAGCAAACACCAGAGCCUGUGCGCUCCAUCCAUGCUGCCGCAGGAGAGAGAGGGCUGGGCGGGCGCACGGCAGCAGCGGCGGCGUGUGAUGCCGGCACAGGAACAAUCGUGCCAGGCGCAGGGUUUCGCCGCGUCCAGCCAAGCCGGGCUCGGCCUUUUUCCUUGUCUCCUCUCGGUUGCUGCCACUGCUGCAGGGUCUGCCGGCCCCGUUUGCCAUGAAAGGGGCCCAUGGGGGGCCCAGAGGCCGAGACGGGGGGCCCACAAAUAGAGCGACGGAAGAGGUCAUGAAGCGAGUCUUCAAGAAGGCCAGUCCCAACGGGAAGCUCACAGUCUACCUUGGAAAGAGGGACUUUGUUGACCACAUAGACGUCGUCGAUCCCGUUGAUGGUGUCGUGUUGGUGGAUCCAGAAUACCUAAAAGAACGUAAAGUUUUCGUCACGCUGACCUGCGCCUUCCGCUACGGCCGCGAGGACCUGGACGUCCUGGGCCUGACCUUCCGGAAGGACCUCUUUGUGGCCAACGUCCAGGCCUUCCCCCCGGUCCCGGAGGAGAAGAAGCCCCUGACGCGGCUCCAGGAGCGGCUGAUUAAGAAGCUGGGAGAGCAGGCCUACCCUUUCACCUUCGAGAUCCCUCCUAACCUUCCCUGUUCGGUGACGUUGCAGCCGGGACCUGAAGAUACAGGAAAGGCUUGCGGUGUUGACUAUGAAGUCAAAGCCUUCUGUGCGGAGAAUCUAGAAGAGAAGAUCCACAAGAGGAACUCUGUGCGCUUGGUGAUCCGCAAAGUGCAGUAUGCACCUGAGCGGCCGGGACCACAACCCAUGGCAGAGACCACCAGGCAGUUCCUCAUGUCCGAUAAACCCCUGCAUUUGGAGGCCUCCCUGGAUAAAGAGAUCUACUACCACGGAGAGCCCAUCAACGUCAACGUCCACGUGACCAAUAACACCAACAAGACGGUGAAGAAGAUCAAAAUCUCAGUACGGCAGUAUGCAGAUAUUUGCCUGUUCAACACAGCGCAGUACAAGUGCCCCGUGGCCGUGGAGGAGGCAGAUGACGUGGUGGCUCCGAGUUCGACGUUCUGCAAAGUCUACACCUUGACCCCGUUCCUGGCCAACAACCGAGAGAAACGCGGCCUGGCCUUAGACGGGAAGCUCAAGCACGAGGACACCAACCUGGCCUCCAGCACACUGUUGAGAGACGGGGCCAACAAGGAGGUCCUGGGCAUCAUCGUCUCCUACAAAGUGAAGGCCAAGCUGGUGGUCUCUCGAGGCGGCCUCCUGGGAGACCUGGCAUCCAGCGACGUGGCUGUGGAGCUGCCCUUCACCCUGAUGCACCCCAAGCCGAAGGAGGAGCCCUUGCACCGAGACGUUCCAGAGAACGAAGCUCCCAUUGACACAAAUCUCAUAGAGCUUGACACAAAUGACGAUGACAUUGUCUUCGAGGACUUUGCGCGGCAGCGGCUGAAGGGCAUGAAGGACGAGAAGGAGGAAGAAGAAGACGGGACGGACUCCCCGCAGCUCAACGACAGAUAAGCCGGAGAGCUUCUCCCAGCGCUCUGCCUCGCUUUCUCUCUUUGGGUCCAUCCACACCAGGCCUGGGCCAACUUGGGCCCUCCGGGUGUUUUGGACUUCAACUCCCACCAUUCCUAACAGCCGUUAGGCUGUUAGGAAUGGUGGGAGUUGAAGUCCAAAACACCCGGAGGGCCCAAGUUGGCCCAGGCCUGGUGUAGACACAAAUUUCUGUCUCUUUCUCUCUCUCAAAACAAUAAAUGAAUUUUUGGCACCACUUUAACUCCCACUGUUCAAUGCUACGGAGCCCUAUGAGUUGUAGUUUUACAAGGUUCUUUUGGCCUUCUCUAUUAGAGUCCUGUAAUAUCUCAUCAAACAAUUACUCCCAUAGCAUCGCGUUAUAGCAAUUAAAAAGGUGCCGAACUGCAUUAUAAUUUAUUAUUUAUUUUAUUUACAUCAUUUAUAUUCCGCCCUUCUCACCCCGAAGGGGACUCAGGGCGGAUCACAUUACAUAUAUUAGGCAAACAUUCAAUGCCUUUUUAACACAGGACAAAGACAAACAACAUAGCUCCGAGCGGGCCUCGAACUUAUGACCUCCUGGUCAGUGGUUCAUUGCAGUUAAUUGCAAUGGCUUGCUCUCCCGUCUGCGCCACAGCCCCGGAACCAUUAAUUCUGCUGUGUAGACCAACUCGCCCUUGGACACGUCCACACACAAUUGUGUGUGCGUUUUAUGUAUGUUGUUGGGAUGUGUGGAACACCACAUGAUGGGGAAAGUGCUUUGCUUUCCAAUUUGGAGUGAAAAAUAUCAGUUUGCAUUGACAGAAGUCAUUCAUGCAAUUCUUCAUCCUAGAUUACACUAUGUAACCAGAUUCGAAACAUUUUCUGUUCCUGGUUUGAAAAAGUUAUUUCCUGUUUCAUUGUGCAGUAGUUACUUUAAAAGUCAUUUUUCUACUCCUGAAACUUUGUUUCUGUGCCUAUAUUGAAUUGCUGGGUGGGUUGCUGUGAGUUUUCCGGGCUGUCUGGCCAUGUUCCAGUAGCAUUCUCUCCUGGCGUUUCACCCACAUCUAUAGCAGGCAUCCUCAGAGGUUGUGAGGUCUGUUUUGAAACUAGACAAGUGGGGUUUAUAUAUCUGUGGAAUGAUGUCCAGGGUGGAGGCAGAUGUCAAUGUUGCAAUCUUGACAUCUUGAUUAGCAUUGAAUAGCCUCGCAGUUUCCAAGCCUGGCUGCUUCCUAGAGGUUCUUGGAUGAUUGUUAAUUUUGUAAUGUUUUUAUAGUUAUGCUACUUUAACCAUGGUUUGUUUAAUCUGUUUUUAGUUUGAUACUUGUGUUUUGAUUGUAUAUUUUAUGAUGUAAAUGCGACUGAUUUGGCUUGUCCCCAUAUAAGCCGCUGCAAGUCCCUCCGGGGAGAUGGUGACGGCAUACAAAAAUAAAGAUUAUUAUUAUUAUUAUUAUUAUUAUUAUUAUUAUUAUUAUUAUUAUUACACAGCAAACAAGAUAGAUAUGCUGGAUUUCAUAUCACAAAAUCACAAGUUGAACUCUUCCCAAGUGUCUAGGACUGUAUUAUUAUUAUUAUUAUUAUUAUUAUUAUUAUUAUUAUUAUUAUUAUUAUUAUAUUCUUGCCUGGGGGAAUCCUUUGUUGGGAGGUGUUAGCUGGACCUGAUCAGCCACCUUGCUUAGCAUUAAAUAGCCUUGCAGCUUCCAAGCUAACACCUCCCAACAAAAGAUUUCCCCCAGGCAGGCUUUGAAGCUACAAGGCUAUUUAAUGCUAAUCAAGGUGGUCAAUUGCAAUAUUCACAGACAAAAAAGUUCUUUCUCCCACCCUGGACAUUAUUCCACAGGUGUAUAUAUAUAAACCCCACUUGCCUAGUUUCCAACAGACCUCACAACUUCUGAGGAUGCCUGCCAUAGAUGUGGGCGAAACGUCAGGAGAGAAUGCUUCUGGAACAUGGCCAUAUAGCCUGGAAAACUCACUGCAACACACCCUGGACAUUCCAUAGAUAUAUAAACCUCACUUGCCUAGAUUCCAACAGACCUCACAACUUCUGAGGAUGCCUACCAUAGAUGUGGGCGAAACGUCAGGAGAGAAUGCUUCUGGAACAUGGCCAGACACCCUGGAAAACUCACAGCAACCUGUGAAAGCCUUCGACAACACAUAUGUUUAAUUAGUUGAGACUUGAUGAGAGAUUUCUUGAGAAAUGACGUGCCUCCCUCCCGCAGAAACAAAGUUUUGUUAGUUUCGUAAACUUUUCCCAUGUUUUGAUGAUAGAACCAAUUAGGAAACAGCAUUUACAACCCAGGAACAAAUAUCAUGUUAUAUAGUGUUACUAGCUGUGCUCAGCCACGCGUUGCUGUGGCGAAGUAUGGUGGUAUGGGAAAUAAAGUAUUGAGGAAUUGGUGGUAGUUAAGGUAAAGGGUGCCCUGGGCUGAGUGGGUUGCUAGGAGACCAAGUGAGUGGAGCUUAGCCUUCUAACUGGCAGCAAUUGGAUAAAAACAAUUAUUUCUCUCCCUCUAAUUAGGACUUUAUUUUUCUUUUCUUCUUGUUGUAUCAACCGAGAGGCAUGGAUGAGGGGUUGUGCUGUCAAUUUUCGAGGUUGUGGUGUGUUUACUUUUGUUGUUUUGUCCACUGCCUUGAUGCCAUCACUCUUUUAUAUAUAUAGAUUGAGUUGGAAUAGAUCCCCCCCAAAAGGGCAUCCAAUCCAACCCCCUUCUGCCAGGCAGGAAGACACCAUUCAAACCUUCCCAACGGAUGGCCAUCCAACCUCAUUAAGGCCUCUUUUAGGCUCAAAAAGUAAGGAAUCGCAUUAGGAGACUUUGUUAUUUCGGUGUAGCAAUGUCUCCUGGGGUAUUAUCUCCGCCGUUAUUUUGUGCCCUUGACUUUUAUGUCAAGCAUUUUGGGGAAUAAUUGGGAAAGAGAAAGAGACACAAAUAGGGCGCAUCUACACUGCAGAGUCAAUGCAGUUUGACACCACUUUAAUUGCCAUGGCUUAAUGCUAUACGGAAUGACGAGAGUUGCAGUUUUGCAAAGCAUUGAAUCCUCCCCAAACGGCAACUCCCAGGAUCCCAUAGCAUUGAACCAUAGCCAUCAAAACUGGUGCCAAACCACAUUCAUCCCACAGUGUAGACGCACCAAAAGAGAGAAGGGGUGGCCUUUUGCUCCCCAGCCCACCAAGUCAGGCUCCGUGGUCUCUUUUUGUAAACGUGGUUCCUUUGUACUGUUCCUUGAGAAAACCUUGGCUUCCUCCAUCCACUCUGUGACGUUUUCUGUGUUUUUGUCAGAUAAAUUAUUCUAGUUUAUUAAUCCAACGGAUGGUUAAAAUGAUGAUGAUGAUAAUAAUAAAAAAAGGAAAACCAAA